UGGCCAACCGGCUGUGGCCUCGCGAGCUCGCGAGAUCAAGUGCUCACAAUUCUUGGUACUUACCUCUCAAGAAACCCAACCAACCCAACCUUCCCGUGACAAGAACAAUGGCACCACGACGCUCGAUGCAGUUUCCACCGGUUGAGAUAAUCAUUGAUGAAGAUCUGCAGGGCAGCCUUUCAACGUUUGGCUUCAAUUCUCUCUUUGAUGAAUCACAAGCCCUUCUGGAAUGCUCCAGAUGGGAACUUGACUUGAGCGCACAGUCUGAAGAGUCCGCAGCCGACUGUGUAAUGAAGAAGCCAAAACGACAGCAAACAUCCGAAUCCAAGGCAAAUCCACAACCUUCCGAUGUGGCCUUGAAGAUACCAAGACGACAGCAGACCAACGACGGCCAGGCAAUCAAGUCUGCAGCAUUGCAACGACUGGGGCCAACAACAAGCAUCAGGCGCUCACGCUCCGAGGGCAAACCCGUCCGCUGCAAUAACACCAGGGUGCCAAGGUACAUGCGAACCAGCGACCCCGGACCGGUCUCUGUCAAAUCACUUCAACAUUUGCUGGCAACUAUGUCGAAGGAAUUGGAAGAGGAAGAAGAUAUCAAGGAUCAAGACCGCCAAGAUAUGGAGGGCUCGCAUGCGUCAACUUGGCAUGUGCGCAACACCCACAAGCAAAAGACUCCACAGACCGAGCAGACACCAACUGUUUCGUCUCUGCCCCAGGGAAAUGACUCCUUAUUAACAGAUGAUGAAUGCUCUUUUUGCGACAUCGAACACGAGUUCGGUCGUGCUGAUGCUGAUUCCAUCGGCGUAGUACGUGAAGAUAGCGCUCCACCAGCAGCAGAAGAGUCGCAAAACGAGACGGGAAAGGAAACGGCCACAUCAUCAUCCUUCUUGUCUCGACGGAUGAGUUGUCUGAUUUUGAAGGCCCUCGAGACAAACCCGGAACUCUUGCAGGAUGAUGGGAGGAAGCUAAAGGGAUCGACCGAAAACCUUCGACCGAAAAAUCCCCGCGAUAACCGGCCAAGGCUCCCGAAUCGCAGCUUAACUCGUGACGAUCUACGAGGCUAAUUCGCUUGAUACAGUCUUUAGCUACAACUAUCAUGACACCAUUCUACUUUUAAUUAACUUUCAUGUUAUAUAC